AUGGAGGGCGACGACCGGAGGGCCCCGCUGCUGGGGUCCGGCGCCGGAGCCGGCGGCCGUCCCCCGUCUCUGCGGCGCCACGACUCGGCGCGGUCGCUGCGCAGCAGCUUCCUGUCGCGGCUGCCCGCCAAGGUGCGCGCCGGGCUCGACCCGGAGCGCCUCGCCGACCUCGACCUCUCCCGCGCCAAAGGCCUAUCCCAAGGUGUGAGAGAGUACUACGAAAAGCAGUUCGCGACCCUGAGAACCUUCGAGCAGGUGGAGGCGCGCUGCAUGCCCGGCGAAUUCGAUUCCGAUGUCGAGGCAUCCGAAUCGGAGGACACGGAGCAGAAGCAGAGCGAGUUCGCCAUGAAGAUUUCCAACUACGCCAACAUCGUGCUGCUGAUUUUCAAGGUGUAUGCUACGAUCAGGACGGGGUCCAUGGCGAUCGCGGCGUCCACGCUCGACUCGUUGCUGGAUUUCAUGGCCGGGGGUAUCCUGUGGUUCACGCACCUUUCCAUGAAGAGGGUCAACAUUUACAAGUACCCAAUUGGGAAGCUGCGUGUUCAGCCGGUUGGGAUCAUCGUCUUCGCGGCCAUCAUGGCAACUCUAGGUUUCCAGGUCUUGGUCCAAGCUGUUGAGCAGCUGGUGGAGAACAAACCUGGCGAGAAGAUGACAUCGGAGCAGCUGAUAUGGUUGUACUCCAUCAUGCUUUCAGCAACUGCUGUGAAACUUGCUCUCUGGCUCUACUGCAAGAGUUCAGGGAAUAGUAUUGUCCGGGCUUAUGCAAAGGACCACUAUUUUGAUGUGAUAACCAAUGUCGUCGGUCUGGUGGCUGCUGUUCUUGGGGACAAAUUCUUAUGGUGGAUUGACCCUGUGGGGGCUGUAAUACUUGCUCUAUAUACCAUUGUCAACUGGUCCAAAACUGUAUUAGAAAAUGCAGCUACCCUAGUGGGCCAAUGUGCUUCUCCAGAGAUGUUGCAGAUGCUAACGUACCUCGCCAUAAAGCACGAUCCACGAGUGAGGCGGGUUGACACUGUUCGAGCUUACAGCUUUGGAGCUCUCUACUUUGUUGAGGUUGACAUUGAAUUCUCGGAGGAUAUGCGGCUGAGAGAGGCGCACACCAUCGGUGAAACGCUGCAGGAGAAAAUUGAGAAGUUGCCUGAAGUCGAGCGGGCGUUUGUUCAUAUCGAUUUCGAGAGCACUCAUAAGCCUGAGCACAAAGUCAGGAGCAGGCUGCCGGCUACUGAUACCUGA